AUGUUGAGGCAGCUCUAUUUCACAAUUGGAUUUAUACUAUCCAUUGUUUCUGCUACCACAGCUUCGCCAAACUUGUACAAUUUUGAGCCAACAUGGGAAAACCUUCAUUAUACUCGCUCAGUUGAUUUGAAUCGAGGAUAUGUUAAAGAGACGGAUUUAAUUGAUAUUAAAAACAUUGCACCUACUCCGCAGGGUGAAUAUUACUACACUGUAAACGAUGGGUUUAACAGUGUUAGUAACAUCUCAUUUAUUGAUGUUAUAUCUAUUGAUCAAGCUAUUGAAAUUGACGUUGAGGAAAUUGUUGCCAGUAAGGUUUACAAGUUGAAGUUGCCUGCUCCUAUUGCUCCCGGCUCAAAUAUUGAAAUUGAAGUAAAUUAUGUUUAUGCUAAUACGUUGGAACCUAUUCCUAAAAAGAUCAAAUUGGAUGAAUUACAACAAUUGUUAUACAAGACUAACAAAUUUCCAUUUUCACCAUAUGUCACUAAAGAUUAUACUUUUGUGUUGACCGGUAUGACCAAAGGUCAAGAAAUGCAAUUAGCUUCAGAAGAUUUGGCUGAUGUUCUUGAGACAAAGGAUACUCCAGAGUUGAAACCUAGGGUUGAUCAAGAUACUUUAAAAUAUGGUCCUUUGGUCCAUGACAUUGAACCAUUUACUUUAAAACCAAUGGGAUUAAUGUAUGAUCAUAAUCGUCCAUUAACUAAAGUUCUCAACUUGAACCGAUCAAUUUGGGUGCCUGCAUCAGACAUAAAUCGGGUUUCAAUUGAAGAGUAUUAUGAGAUUACAAAUGCUGGAGCUGAGUUGCUGUCUGGGUUUUCGAGAUUGGAAUGGUUAAAGGGAAGAUACGAAGCUACAAGAAACCAUUGGGCUUUAAGCCACUUGGAAAUCCCGCUCAAAGAUCGUAAUUUGGAUGACUAUUACUAUACUGAUAAAGUUGGAGUUGUUUCAAGUUCAAAAAACAUUGCUAAUUUCUUAAUUUUACAACCAAGAUUCCCACUUUUUGGUAAUUGGCAUUACAAUUUCACUUUAGGGUGGUCCGAAAAUUUGGACUUGUUCAUUCACAAGUCACACAAUAAUAACGCCGACAAUGAAUAUAUUAUCAAGUUCCCACUAUUGAACACUGUCCGUGAUGUCACUUAUGACGAUGUCUAUAUCGACUUCUUUUUACCUGAAGGUUCCGAAUUCGUCAAUGUUGCCUCUUUACUUCCAUAUGAAUCAGUCACAGUUGAUAAUGAACUAUCAUAUUUGGAUGUUUCAAAAGGUCAUGUUAAAGUCACUGUUCAUUUCAAGAAUUUAUUUGAUGACUUACAUAAAUUGGAUUUAUUCUUGAUUUAUAAAUACAAUCCAACUAAUCUUUAUGUUAAAGUGGGUAAGAUUGCUGGAUUUGUGUUUGUUGGGUUGAUUAGUUAUUACUUGUUGAAUAUUUUAUAG